AUGGCAGAUGACAUCACUCGAGAUCUCGUGGUUUAUCUUCAGUCCAUCAGCUAUAGUGGAUCAACCUCUGCCACUUUACUAUCGAAGGCCAUUCCUAUCUUUAUCGAUUCAACAGAUCCAAAUCUCUGGUUACCGGAGGAUGUAUGCCAUGCCUUUGAAGAUGCGUUUGAUCUCACUCUUGACAACGAGACGGGACUAUACUUGGUGAACGACACACAGAACACCCAAUUGCAGAAUUCAAAUGCGCAGGUCACAUUCAGACUGUCUGAUGUGCAGUCCGGUGGUGAUGCUGUUUCCAUCACCUUGCCAUAUGAAGCUUUCGCUCUAACCGCCGAGUCUCCGUUGGUCAAGAACAGUAGUUACUAUUUCCCACUCAAGCGUGCCGCAAAUUCAACGCAGUAUACACUAGGUCGGACGUUCCUUCAAGAAGCUUAUCUUUCGGCCGAUUAUGAACGUGGUGUCUUUAAUGUGUCAGCAUGCAAAUGGGAUGAUGAUGCCGAUCAAAACAUUGUUACUAUCCAAUCCAAGGAUUCGAAAUCUUCGGGUUGUUCUGGAAGUGAGUGCUCCACAGGUUCAGAUGGUGGAGGAGGUCCCUCACCACUGAGCCGCGGUGCUGUAGCGGGUAUCGCCAUUGCAGCGUUGUGCGGAGUCGUCAUUCUGGCCGCAAUUCUGUUUUUCUUCAUCCGCCGCCAACGCCAAAAGGAAGCAAACAAAGCGACUCCACCCGAGUCAGAUGUGUCCGUUCUCUCUGGUCCGGUACAUAAUGCACCCCCUACCGAGUCGUCAAACAGCGCACAAACCCCACCGAGACCGAGAUUUUGGUCUCCAGAUGCUGUGCUUGGUGAUGCUAGCGAGAGUAACAUUGGUGCCAGCAGCGGUAGUGGCACUACCCACGAGCAGAGCGUAGAAUUGGACGGUCGGAACACACAGGUCAAGCCGGUAUAUUAUGAACUACCAGCCAAUGGGCCUUGA